AUGACAAACUUAGAAAACAUCUGUGGCAAGUUUAACUCCUCAAUAGAGAAUAUGAAACUUAUAGUUUGCAAUGAACUUCAAAGUAUAGAUACAACAAAAGUUUUGAACUCAGAUGCUUUGAAGAGUCUUAUAACAGACAAAGUUGGAGUUGUUGAAAGAAAGUAUAAAGACCAAAGAGUUUGUGAAAAUGUUGCAAACUUCAUUAUGGUUUCAAACAAUGCUGUUCCGAUGAAGUUAGAAAGUUCUGACAGAAGAUAUGUAGUUGUCAGAACGUCAGAUUCUCAUAUGCAAGAUACAGAAUAUUUUGACGCUUUGUCAGAAUAUUUGACACCUGAGUUUUACAACCAUUUGUUUUCAUAUUUCAUGACAUUAGAUAUUUCUAAGUUCAAUCCAAGACAAAUUCCACAUACCGAAGAGAGACAAACAUUGUUAGAAGCAAACAAGAGUGUAUAUGAACUGUUCAUAGAAGAAAGCGACUUUGAGUGUUUAGAUGAAAAGUCUUUAUAUGAUGAAUAUAAACAAUAUUGUCAAGAGUAUGGUUAUAUGCCAGCGUCUAAACGAACAUUCUUGGCAAAUGUCAAAAGUCUUUUAGACGUACAGAAUGGUGUAUAUACAAAGAAAAAUUUUUCUGAGUAA